CGGAAGUCUUCCUACAUCAUGAAUCUCCGUUAUCUAAGCCGGAAAGCAGCGAUGUUUGCCGAUUGGUCGGUUAAACUAUUGACGGCGUUUCCUGCUUGGAAACGUGAAGUCUACUCGAUUCAGCUGUUUCACCAUAGCGGUGAUUGGCCGGUUAUUAAUGAAUCAAUAACUUGGCGCCAUUUUCUACAAAUCUCGUUUGAACUGGGACGGCGUUUUUUUUUUUUAUAUAUAUACAAUGGCAGCCUGACCUUGAAUCAUCUGGCUUAAUUUUUUUUCAAAAUGGCUGCAAGUCGGUUCCACUCAGACGAACUGUCUCGAGCCACUUUAGGAUUUGGUGUCGACGUCUACAGAUUGUUAACAACCGGAAACUGUUCCAAUGUUUUCAUUUCUCCAUUCAGCAUCUCAUCCCUCCUCUCAUUGGUCGGCUUGGGAGCUUCCGGGUCCACCGCUCGACAGAUUGGAACUGUCCUGGGAAUUCCCACAGAGCAGUUUAAUUCCUUAUGUUUGUCUAUUAAGAAAUACCUGACUCUGUUAGCAAAUACGAAGACUGACAUCAUCCUUUCGUCUGCUACGCGUAUGUACGUUGCUGACAGAGUUACCGUUCUUUCGGAAUUUGAAGCCAAAGCUAAAGAGUUGUUUGAAGCGGACACGAUAAAAACGGACUUCGUAAAAGAUUCGACAGCAGUGGCCAGUCGGAUCAAUGGCUGGGUUGCUGAGAAAACGUGUCACAAAAUAACGAAUAUCAUUUCUGAAGCCAACCUGUCCACCGUGACAGCACUUCUUUUGAUCAACGCUGUCCACUUCAAAGGGAAGUGGACCAACGAGUUUGACGUUCACAACACUUCAAAGAAGCGGUUCAUGACGUCAGACCACGAGACCAUUGACGUCAAGAUGAUGACCCAAACAGACUACUUCAAAAUAGGACGAAGCACAAACCUGCACUGUGACGUCAUUGAGCUGCCAUACGGCAAACGAGAUCUUAGCAUGGUUGUAUUUCUUCCCUUCGAAGCAGAAGGUCUGAGUGACCUGGAGGACAAGCUGUCGUCUGCAAAUCUGCAACAGGCCGUGCGCGACCUACAAGAAGAAGAGGUCAGCCUGUCCCUUCCUAAGUUCCGCAUGGACUCGAGUUUCGAACUCACUGAUGUCCUGGCGAGUCUCGGUAUGACGGACGCGUUUCGGGAGAACGUCGCCGACCUGUCUGGCAUGGAUGGCACGCGCACGUUGUUCGUGUCGCGCGUGCAGCACAAGGCGUUUGUCGAGGUCAACGAGGAGGGGACCGAGGCGAGCGCCGUCACGUCCAUGGACUGCGUGGACUGCGCGAGUUGGCCCAAGCAGUUCGUCGCCGAUCACCCGUUCAUGUUCCUCAUCACAGACAACCGAACAGACGUCGUCCUGUUCAUGGGUAGAGUCGUGAAACCAGAACACAAGUCGUGAAUCAAAAAUAGUUACCGACUCCAAACCCUGAGUGAGUGCUCCGCAAGGCUCAAUGGGUAGGUGUAAACCACUUGCACCGACCAUUGAUCCAUAACUGGUUCAACAAAAGCCAUGGUUUGUGCUAUCCUGCCUGUGGG